GUUAAUACUUGUGCAUUAGGACCCAGCGACAUCCCGAGGCAGCAUUUGCUCAUUCGCUACUUGGGUGUGGAGCUUUGGUGGUGAAGGGGAAGGGCGAUUUUGUUGAACUGGUUUAGGCAACAUACAGUUUUUUCGAAUCAGUAGCCUACGCCCGUCAGUCUUUCCCUCGAUUCCGUUUCACCGAGGUUACUCCAGUGUGUGGCUCGUCUUGCCCGUGAUUCUCCCUGCUUUUCACUCCGAGACACCUUCAAGAUGUUUACAGCCAAAAAAUUCCUUGGAGGGAUCAUCAACAUUGUAAGCAAUAUCGACCCCUCCGCAUUCAUACCAUCAGACCCUCCCCCUGCCCGCAGGCCCCUGGCCUACGCUGAGCAGCACGAGAACGAUGAGGAGAAGCAGUUCCGCAGAGUUUUCCAGCAGCUGGCUGGGGAUGACAUGGAAGUCAGCCCCACUGAGCUGAUGAACAUCCUUAACAAAAUCCUUACUAAACAUGGCGAUCUGCAGACUGACGGGUUCACCAUUGAAUCCUGCAGGAGCAUGGUGGCAGUCAUGGAUAGUGACAGUACUGGCAAGUUGGGCUUCCAUGAGUUCAAAUAUCUGUGGAACAACAUCAAGAGAUGGCAGGGUAUCUACAAGUCCCACGAUGCUGACCGCUCUGGUGUGAUUUGUGCUGAAGAGCUUCCCAGAGCCUUCAAAGCUGCAGGUUUCCCACUUCGCCAAGACAUGUUCGAUAUGAUCGUUCGGAGAUACAGCGAUGAGCACGGCAACAUGGACUUUGACAACUACAUUGGCUGCCUGGUUCGCCUGGACGCUAUGUGCCGUGCAUUCAAGACUCUUGACAAGGACAACAAUGGGACCAUCAAAGUGAACAUCCAGGAGUGGCUGCAGUUGACCAUGUACUCUUGAACAGAGGAAAUGCCUUCAGAAUGACAUCUGUUAGCAGGCCUCUUCAUACUCAGCUUUAACGCUGUCACUAGUGUCCUUCGCAUGUCUAAAUCUUCCAUUGACGAUACUCCUGUCUUGACUUUUCACAUUCACCAAAUUUCCCCAUGGCCUUUCGGAAGUUUGCCACAGUUCGGAAAAUUCUUAGUACAUUCAUAUACUUCCUAAACGUGUGACAACUUUGCUGUUUUCCCUCCUUUCUUUAUUGUCUGCAUUCCUAGUUACAGAGUGCACCAAAUAGCCAUAUUAAAUGCAGUAGCCAAUUUGCGCAGUGGCCAAUGGAUGCAGUGUGUAGUUUCACCACUUGGUGACAGUGUUGUAACACUAGGAAGAGCUUUUGCGCUGGAAGACGAGGAUGUUUUAACGUUACAUAGUUGUCUUUCAUCUAAGUCUUCCCAAAGGUUUGUUAUUCUGUCAAGAAAGUUUUGCAUACGUGGUGUUUGAUUAAAAGAGUAGUUACCAUGAA